CGUCUUCAGUCGGACAGUUCUGCCAGAUGAAUGUAUUUGUAUGCCUGGUGCUCUGCCACCUGCUCUUCGUUCUGCUGGGAGGCCUGGUGUUCACAGCUGUGGAAAAGCCACUGGAAGAAGAACUGAGAGCUGAGGUGGAGGAGCUGCGUCACUCCUUCCUGCAGGAGAAUCCCUGUGUUGAUGAAGGCCGACUGAGCAAGCUGCUGCAGAAAGCUCUGUCCGUCCACGACAGUGACGUAGCUGUUCUGAAGGCCGACGCAGACGAGAGACGCUAUGACUUCAUAUCAUCACUCUGCUUUGUCGUUGCCACUUUGACCACCAUGGGUUCUGACUCUUACACCCUCAAGUCAGAUGAGGCCAAGCUCUUCUGUAUCUUCUACUGCACCCUAGGGAUUCCCCUCACCCUCUUCAUCCUCACCCGCCUCUCCAACCUCCUCCUUCUCCCUGUUGUCACCCACGCGCCUCUAAACCAUCUCCACUUUUACUGGGGUUUACCAUAUAACCGGGCUGCCCUCGUCCAUGCUGUCCUCCUCACAGUGCUAGUCGUCACCCUCCUUUUUCUUCUGCCCACCUUCCUGAUCUUUGCAAUAGAGCCGGACUGGAGCCUCUUGGAUGCUCUUUUUUUCUGCUUUGUCACUCUAAGCACUGUUGGCCAGGGAGGGAACUCUCUGGGGAGGAGCUGGGGGCCAGCAGCCAAGGAAACACUGGAACUCCUCAUCACAUCUUACCUGCUAGUUGGCCUGGUGGUGAUCCUUACCUUAAAGGAUACUGUCCUGGAGGUUCCCCAAGUACGUGCUAUGAUGAGAAUCUUCUCUGGUCAAAAGUACGGAGAACUUGAAGGUAUUCAUCUUAAUGAACUUGCAGUAAAUGAAGCAAACUGUGAGGAGGAGCUUCAGUACACCCAGUCCAUCUGUACCAUCUCCUCCACUUCAUUCAAGCUGAUGAGCCCCUGCCCAGAGAUCCACACCAACAGUACCACUGUAACUCCUGAAACCAACUGAUCUUCAGAACUGGACCUCAAGUUGUGUUCAGCUUCUGACUUACAGCUUUUAAAUGUCUCUACAUUCACAUGCUCAAUGCACUCUCCUUUAGCCCCAAAUUAAAAACCCUGAGUCAAAUGUGUGUCAGGACCUAAGUGAAUUCAACUUAUGUCCACUGAAAGUAAAUUUCAACAAUAAGACUAAAGUAUUUCUUUCUUUAUUUUUCCCACAACAUACUGUAGCUGUCACAGCCACUCCAGUUAUUCUUUGCCUUUGUUUGGUUUUAGGGAUAAUAAUGAACCUUUGUUUUGGAACUUUAUUUUGUAUGGUGCAUCGGUGAAUGUAAGCAGGAAGGUUAAUGUUUGCUAACUUGAGCCAAGUUUUUUAGUCUAUAUUAGGCAAUGUUUUGGCAAGUCUGUAUUAAAAAUAGCAGAACUAUCUAUCAGCAGUUCCUGUUUGUAAAACACCCAUGGAUCUUUAGACAGUUAUCUCUGGCUUACUGAAAUAAUGGAACUGCUUAAAAACCUGAUUAUUCUCUAGUAAGUUCAGCUGUUACAGUGGAUCUUUUUUAAAAAAAUCUGUGAUGUCUGCAGAUUGAUGGAAGUUUAUUCAAGGUGAUAAUUUCCUUGGAAUGUCUAAGUAACACUAAAUCUGAACUGAGAGCUGAGGGGGAAUAUUCAGAUUUUCAUGAGGUGUGACUGAGAAGGAAUUGUGGCAUAAAUAACAGCAAAUGGGUACUAAGGGUUUUAGAUAAUCUUCACUGCCUCCACAAACAGCAACCGCAUCAACACACACAACAUAGUAACCCCCUGUCGAUUUCCAAGCAUUGGUAAACACAUGCCUAACUCAACAUUUUAAUGUUAAAUUUAUAAUUAUUAAGAUUCUGGAUCAGUCAAUCUCUGAAUGUGGUGCCUCACAUUCUAUAUAUGGGUCUGGGUUCAUUGAAUAUUUGACAAAAAACACAAUUUCGCAUCUUUUAAAAUUCUCAUUUACAGAAGGUUGGUUGUGGGUUGAAAAAUUACACUUUUAUGAGUGUGAGCACAAAGUUUAACGUAUUAAUACGAUUAACUUGAUGCUACCUGUAGGUGUGUUUUCUCUUUAAACCUGAAUUCACAGAUUUUUGUUUACUUUUUUGGCCACUUAGGGGCAGCGUAAUACAGUGAACACAGCAUCUGACAUGCUAUCACCUUUAGCCUGUGUCCAUCCAGUGGACAUGAAGAAACAUCAGCAUUCAUGUGGAGCUGUGACUGCUUGAUGAAUGCAAAUCCAUAAUUCAGCUUCCUUUUAGCUGUUUGCUAAUGUUGUCUGUCUGUCUGCAGUCGAGCAGGUAGUGCACAGUGGGGUAUAUCAAAGAUUUUUCACUGACAAGUACUGUACUGCAAGUAUUUUAUUUCAAAUAUGAAAUAUGAUGUCUGCUUCAGUGCCUUUAUUACUUUAAAUUAUAUAGUACAGCUGUGAUUGACCAAAGGAAACCACAGUGGGUGGUUCUUGUACUAAUACGGUGGCAGGGAAACUAUUUUCUGUCUUUCCAUUAACAAAUACUUUAUCAAUCCAAGAGAGAUGAGGAAAUGUAAUUCUCAAUAGACUGUACGUCUAAAAUAAUAAUUAUUAACUCUCUUUGUUCCUAAAUUGCUCUGAAACAUUUUUAUUUAAUUUUAGGAACAACAUAUUCCCACACAUUCAUGCAGUGUUAGUCUACAUAUAGUCUAUAUUGUAGAACCAAACUAAAGACAUCAAAACUAUGAAAUCACACACAAAGCAACAUAUAUUGGCGCACAUUCAUUGACAAUACUUUAAUAUGAAAACCAGUCACAAAAGCUCCACCUGAGCCAUGCACAGAGGAGAAUUUCAACGUUGUCUUGGUCAUUGUGAGGUGCAGCUUUGCAAGAGUAGCAUUUGUUUUGCCAUAAUGCUGUUUGCUGACACAUUCAAUUCAUAAUAAAAUCUUGG